AUGAGUCUUCCGGGCUGGCGUCUUCUUAUUUUUGCUUGCUACAUGAUAAUUGGCAUUAAAGUUACUAAAUUCUUCAUCGACCUAUUCCGAGUUCGUCGCAAGUUUCAACGUAUGCAAAGAGAUGGCUUGACAAUGCCUCCGCAUCAUCCUCUUUUUGGCCAUUUGAAAUUGAUUGGCGAAAUCGUAUCUCAAUUGCCCAGCGAUGUCCAUCGUCACGUUCUCCCACAUCAGAUCAAACUCCUCUAUCCUAACCUUGGCCCGUUGUUCUACCUCGAUACAUGGCCCUUUGGCGGUGAAAUUUUGGUAGCUGUAGGUCCGGAUGCAGCUUACCAGAUGACUCAAUCACACCCGCUACCCAAGUUUCAUGCCAUGCGUGAAUAUCUGAAGCCUAUGACAGGCGGAAAUGACUUGGUCUCAAUGGAAGGCAAAGAAUGGAGAAAAUGGAGAACUAUUUUCAAUCCGGGCUUCAGCGCUGGUCAUCUGAUGACUCUGGUUCCUGAUAUGAUGAAAGACAUGUCCGUAUUCUGCGAGAUUCUGAGAAAAGCGGCUGCAAACUCGGAUAUUGUCAUUAUGGACCAUUUGACGACUAGAUUGAACCUGGAUAUCAUCAGCCGAAUGGCUCUGGACACACACUUGAAUUCACAGCUUGAGACAAAUGAUUUUGUAUCUGCUUUGCUCAGUCAACUCGAUUGGUUGUCAUUUGGUCACGAAGUCAAUCCAUUUCAACGAUAUAAUCCUAUUCGCCCUCUUGUCAACUGGUGGAACGGUCGGCGAAUGGUAAAAUAUAUCUGGAGAGAGUUGGAUAUGCGUUUGAGGCGCCGAAACAUUGUCAACAAAGGCACCCAAAUCACUAGCAGCAAAUCAAUCAUUGACCUCGCUUUAGAUAAUUAUCUUGCUAGCAAGCCUAGAGACAGCACUAUUAACGCUAUGGAUACCGCUUUUAGAGACAUCGCUACAUCUCAAUUAAGAGUUUUCAUUUUCGCCGGCCACGAUACAACAAGUAGUACCAUGUGCUAUGCUCUCCAUCUACUUUGGACCAAUCCCAGGACCCGCCAAUUGUUGAUUGCUGAGCAUAAUAUGAUCCUAGGCCGGGACCACAAGGAAGCCGCAAGAAAAAUCGCAGAUGAUCCUUACAUCUUGAACAAACUUCCUUACACCAUGGCCGUUACAAAAGAGACCCUCCGAUUGUACCCCUCUGCUUCCACAGCUCGUAGCGGUGAAACCGGCUACUUCAUGUCAGGAACCGAUGGCCUUCAAUACCCCACAGAAGGAUUCAUGGUCUGGUCAAAUUCACACGCUAUCCAACGUGAUCCUGCUUACUGGCCCGAACCAAGCGAAUUCAUUCCAGAGCGUUGGCUCGUUGAAGAAGGACACCGUCUCUACCCUAAGAAAGGCACCUUUCGUCCAUUUGAAUUCGGACCUCGUAAAUGCAUUGGACAGGAACUUGCGAUGUUGGAAAUGAAGAUUUUUCUUGUAUUGACUGGAAGAGAGUUUGAAAUUAAAACUGUGUAUGAGGAGUGGGAUGGUCUUCAUGCGAAGACGGGUAUCAGAACUGUUGAAGGAGAUAGAGCGUAUCAGAUUUUGUCUGGGGCUGCUCAUCCGAGUGAAGGUCUUCCGUGUAGAGUUAAAUUGGUUGGAAACUGA